GCUCAACGCAUAGAGCUGAUUGUUCGGUCUGUCCGAGCGGAUCGAUGCCCUAACUACGCUGCUCAUCGAGGCUCACUUGCCUUGCUCGACGAACAGAAAGCGUACCGUCAGGUCUUUGAUCAGAGACUUCUCAACAACUCUGCACCCUACUGAAGAGUGAGAACGUAGCAACAGUCACCGUGUCUUUGGCAACCCAAAUUCCUCCGCACCAAUGAGUAUAGAAGCUGAGAUUGCGGCUGAUGAGCCGUCAACAAUCCCUUUGCCAGUGCUCACCAUCUCAAACCCCGAAAGCGACAACACGACUCUGCUACUGAGCCCAACGACACUAGCCCUCGGGAAUUUCACCAUCACGGGAGACCCGAGUACGAAUGUCAAGCAGGGCAAAGCCACAUUGAAAGCUCUGAAGAAUCUGCAAAUCAAUGCUACUGCUGCAGCUUCAUGUGGAACCCUCGGAGUUUCACGGGCCCACCUAUCAUAUGCACGCUGGACGGCACGUAGAACUACUGUGGUGUACAGAAAUGUCAAAAACAGCUAUCGCAACGUGUAAUUUCAAUCCCGGUGACCGUCCCAAGCGUCCCUUCCUGCAACCGCACGGCGACCCCGACGCGCUUUGAGCAACAGGAGGCUCAGUCGUUAGUACGCUCCCUACUGGUCAGAGGCACAGCAGGCUACAGCCGCCUGCAUGUUCAGCGCACGCAAGUGCAUGCAAUGUACCCAUGGGCGCGAAGUCGUGUACCGCCUUGUUGACCGCUGGGGUAUUUUUAUGGAGUCCUACAGCCUUGCUUGC